AUGGAGAAAUUAACGCAAUUCGUUUCCAAAUCCUUCGAAAAUAACAAUAAUUCCGAACAUUCCCACAUGUCGUUCGAAGUGAAAAACUCUCCCGUUAGCCCCCCUAUAAAAACUGAAAAAGAGAUGAUAAGUGAUGAUGUGAAAAAGCCUAAAAAUUGGUUGAUCUCGGACAUAGAAAAAAAUGAAAAUAACACCGUCGGCAUCGAUUUACGGCUAAACUCCUCGAGAAAUUUUUUUCAUGAAAAGUGUACCGAUAAGGUCAAUUCUGAUAUAUCUAGUGUUACCGCCGGGAAAAACUGCGAAUCGGAAAAAUCGACAAAGUGGUGCAAAAGUAACUUAUCGGGACAAUCACACAGUACUUGUAACCCUAUAGAAAUUAAACAAACCGAGGAAACAAUUGCGGAAAAAAUUUGUGAAAAAAACUACGAGAAAAAAGAUGAUUUUAGUAAGGAUAACAGUGUCUGUGAAGAUAAUGAACAUAAAAUAUUUGUUAUGAAUGAAUCUGACGAGAAUAUAGAUGAACUAUUAUCACGUGAAAAUACCAACAUCAACCAUUCCGCUUCCGUAAAAUCGACGACAAAACAGCGAAGAUCCCGGACUAACUUCACGUUAGAACAGCUAAAUGAAUUAGAAAGGUUGUUUGAUGAGACUCAUUACCCCGAUGCCUUCAUGAGAGAAGAAUUGAGUCAAAGACUUGGUUUGAGCGAAGCUAGAGUUCAAGUUUGGUUCCAAAAUAGAAGAGCCAAAUGUAGAAAACAUGAGAAUCAAAUGCAGAAAGGUGUAAUAUUAAACAGCCAGAGUCCACCUUCAAGUACACCACUAGAACCAUGCAGAGUGGUACCUUAUAUGAAUGUACCUGCUCUAAGAGGUAUUUCCUUGACAUCGAAUUCUGUAGCAUUAACAAACUACGACAGGCUGUCGACAACACCUUUUUCCCAACAAGGCACUGCUUUCUCUGCGAUCAAUUCAGCUUUUAUAUCAGCAGCACAGCAGUACGCAGCCGCAGCUGUAGCUGUAGGAGGUGGCUCAGCAGCGGCUGCAGCAGCGAGUAUACUAUGUCAUCCUCAAUAUCCUCUAGAAUUCGCUGCCUUGGCAGUGGCGCACAAAAACUCUAGUAUUGCCGAUUUGAGGCUUAAAGCGAAAAAACAUACGGAAGCCUUAGGAUUGUCAUCGCGGGAAAAACCUCUUUAA